CAAAAUUUGAAGAUAUCCAAUAAAGAAUGAUGACAACCACACCAAAUCCAACACUCAUUUAUUCUCCAACCCCUUCAAUUCAAUCCACAAAAACCCAAUUUAUCAACCCCUUUAAACCACCAUCAAGAUAUAAUAUUAAUUCAUUCACAAUCAAAUGCAGUACUAAUGAAAACAAUAAUAAUGUUGGGGGGUUAAAGAAUUUACUUUCAGGUAUAGUUGAUGAAAGAGUAGACCAACUGUUGAAUAAAGAAGAAAACAGGGCUUUGUUAGAUGGGUUGGAUAAAGCUACAGAAAGAGUUGAGGUGGCUAAAAGAGAACUUGCCCAGAUUGAAAAACAAGAACUUGAAAACAAGAAAAUGAAAGAGUAUAUUAGUCAGCUUGAAAUUAGAGCUGCUGAGAUUGAGGAAUGCCAGAAGGAAAUAUUAGAAGCAAGAGCAUUAGUUGAAGAAGCAGAACGCUCUCUUGAAAUUGAAAUUGAAGAUAAAGAUUUGAAGAUGACAGAAACAGAGAGAGAAGCUAUGUACAAAAACAAAGAGAGGCUUGAAUCUGUAAAAGCUGCUACUAUUUCUGCUAUAGUUGGCACCUUGGCUAGUUUGCCUAUUUCCUUGGCUCAGACAUCCGACACGUCCCAGUUAAUACUUCCUUCAGUAAUCACUCUCAUCAGCUGUGCAUUGUUUGGAGUCACCUUUCGUUAUGCUGUUCGGCGUGAUCUUGACAAUUUUCAGCUCAAGACUGGAACAUCUGCAGCUUUUGGCUUUGUCAAAGGCCUUGCUACAUUAGGAGGAGGGCCGCCUCUGGACUCGGAAGUUGGUAGUCUAUUGUCACAUGCUUUCAGUGGUGCAGUGUAUGUGUCAGAGAGUCUUCUAAUCUUUUUGUUUGCUUCUGUUGGUUUGGAUUUCUGCAUUAAAUUGGGAAUAUUAAGUCCAUUUCCAAUUGAAACAUCAGUUUCCACUUCUAAAAAAAAUUAAAGAAUUGACUGUACCAUAAUAUGUUUUGUCUUCCGAGUUAAUAUAGUAUAUAACAAUUGUUAUGAAAACCGUUCUAUUGGUUCUCCAUUUAGUGAAAUAGCACAUUCCUUCGUUUA